AUGCCCGCAUCCGGUACAGGUUACUGCGGGAAAAUCGAGAAGUAUCUAUAUUUGAGGGGACCCUAUGAAGACCACUUUAGGACAGUAGAUCAAAGUUCUGAAAUAGAAAAAAGUGAACUUAUCGAAAAUGCAGGAGGUGCAGCAACGGAGAACGAUUUGGACGCGGCAUCGGUCGAAAUGGAAACACAUGUAACUCAGAAUAUGACUGACAAAGCUUCAAGAAAUCAAAAACUAAAGGCAUCUCCGGUAGAUGUUCCAAAUGAAGUUGGUGUUCAAAAACGCAUACUACGCCAAAGACGGAAAACUGUCUCAGUCCGUACUCGGGGGUCUACAGCGCCCAAAAACUGUCCCAUCGUGGACACGUGUUUUCGAAGCGAAGUUGAUUCAGUGGAUAUUUUAGAAGUCGCGCCUCUUGUUGCCGAAAUAGGUGCAGAAGAUAUUGCGGAAAAGAAAUUCGAAAAUCUGUUCGUGAAUGGACGAAUGGUUGUGAAAGGACAAAAGUUGCGACAACUCAUCUCCCGUUUCUACCGACUGCAAUGUGACUUUUGCAAGGAACCGGAAGUUCGAUUUCACCACGUGGAUAAGUUAUAUGACCAUUACGAAAAGGUGCAUCACACCAGAGGCUAUGUUGUCUGUUGCCAGUCGAAGCUGACGGACAGUGAGAAGAUAAUCAUACAUAUGGCCCGGCAUAUACAACCUGAAGCGUUCACAUGCGACGUCUGUGGCUAUAUAGUUACGAAACCGAAGUUCCUCAUAAGCCAUAAGCAAACGCACCUACCAGUUAAUGAUAAGCCGUACGCCUGUCCUCACUGCACGAAACGGUUUUGCUGGAAACGAGCACUAACAGUUCAUUUGAACAGGCACCAAGAGGCUGCUGAGCGUAGAGUGUUUCGCUGUUUAUUGUGUGAUAAGACAUACGAAACUCCAGGUGGUUUAUCCAACCAUAAGCGCAACGUACACAAAGGUCUAAAGCCGAAGGAGACUCAUGUGUGUGACGUGUGCGCCAAAACCUUCGCAACAGUGUACGGUCUACGGGAGCACAUUUCCACCAUCCACCAGCAGCCUUGGGAGAAGCGGCAGCUUCAGUGUGCAGCAUGCGGCAAAUGGUUGAAUGGGGAGCGCUGCUUGAAAAUGCAUCUUAAGAUUCAUUCGGCGAAGAAUCUGGCCUGCGGUGAGUGUGACUAUAAAACGAACAAAUCGUUACUUUUGAAGCGCCAUAAAAUCACUCACCACCAACAAGAACGUCCGUUUCUUUGCGAUCUGUGCGAGAAAACGUUCAAGAUAAAGCGUGACCUUAGGGUGCACAUGCUGAGCAAGCACAGCAUGCAGUCUCGGACAUUUCAAUGCAAUUUUUGCAACCUUCGAUUUCGCAAUUCCACCAACUUUUACGCCCAUCGCAAAAGUCAGCAUCCGAAGGAACUUCAGGCGAUGAGGGAUGAUCAGGAGUUGGAGAAAAAGCGCAAAAGAAUUCUGGCCGGCCUUGAACGAUCUUCAAGCUUGGAUCGGAAACUUUGCGCUACGAACGUGCGAGCGACUCCUACUAAUGAAAGCCCCGAGCCUAUUAAUGAAGAUUUCAUAGUUGUCGAUAAUAAGCACUACCGCUUGCGCAGCGAAAACGAUAGCAUUACUGUUGUGGUUGAAAUAGAGGACAUGAGCGAAAUACAACAGAAAGUUUCAGCAUGA